AUGUACGCCUUGACCCAGAUCAAGGGUGUCGGCCGUCGUUACUCCAACUUGGUUUGCAAGAAGGCCGAUGUUGAUCUGAGCAAGCGCGCUGGUGAGCUCACCACCGAAGAACUCGAGCGUAUCGUCACCAUCCUCCAGAACCCCACCCAGUACAAGAUCCCCACCUGGUUCCUCAACAGACAGCGCGAUAUCGUCGAUGGCAAGGACUCCCAGGUUCUGUCCAACGGUCUGGACAGCAAGCUCCGUGAGGAUCUUGAGCGCCUGAAGAAGAUCCGCUCCCACCGUGGUCUGCGUCACUACUGGGGUCUCCGUGUCCGUGGUCAGCACACCAAGACUACUGGCCGCCGCGGACGCACCGUCGGUGUCAGCAAGAAGAAGGGCUAA